AGAAUAGCUACAGAUUCUCCAUCUUCAGUCUUUGCAAGGGGACGGCUGUGCCAGCCAGGCUCUGGCAGGCUUCUGGCAGCAUGGCAGCAAAGUUCUGGGCCCUCCUGCUGGUCCUUGGGCUCAGCCUGGCUCAGCCAACCUCUGCCCACCGGAAGCUCCUGGUGUUUCUGCUGGAUGGUUUUCGUUCAGACUACAUCAGUGAUGAGGUUCUGGAGUCCUUGUCGGGUUUCAAAGACAUUGUGAGCAGGGGAGUAAAAGUGGAUUACUUGACCCCAGACUUCCCUAGUCUCUCUUACCCCAAUUACUACACUCUGAUGACUGGCCGCCACUGUGAGGUCCACCAGAUGACCGGAAACUACAUGUGGGACCCCAGCACCAAUAAGUCAUUUGACAUUGGCGUCAACAGAGACAGCCUGAUGUCUCUCUGGUGGAACGGAUCAGAACCUCUGUGGGUCACUCUGACCAAGGCCAAAAGGAAGGUCUACAUGUACUACUGGCCAGGCUGUGAGGUUGAAAUUCUUGGUGUCAGGCCUACUUACUGUCUGGAAUAUAAAAAUGUUCCAACGGAUAUCAACUUUGCCAACGCAGUCAGUGAUGCUCUUGAUUCAUUCAAGAGUGGCCGGGCUGAUCUGGCAGCCAUAUACCAUGAACGUAUUGAUGUUGAAGGCCACCACUAUGGCCCUUCGUCACCUCAAAGAAAAGAUGCCCUCCAAGCUGUGGACACCGUCCUGAAGUACAUGACCAAGUGGAUUCAGGAACGGGAGCUGCAGGAUGACUUGAACGUCAUGAUCUUCUCAGAUCAUGGGAUGACUGAUAUCUUCUGGAUGGAUAAAGUGAUUGAGCUGAAUAAGUAUAUCAACAUGAAUGACCUACUGCAAGUGAAGGACCGAGGGCCUGUUGUGAGCCUUUGGCCAGUUCCUGGGAAACAUUCAGAGAUCUAUAAUACGUUGAGAACAGUGGGACACAUGACUGUGUAUGAGAAAGAAGCCAUACCGAGCAGGUUCUAUUACAAGAAAGGGAAGUUUGUCUCUCCUUUGACCUUAGUGGCUGAUGAAGGAUGGUUCAUAGCUGAGAAUCGAGAGAUGCUUCCAUUUUGGAUGAACAGCACUGGAAAGAGGGAAGGCUGGCAACAUGGAUGGCAUGGCUAUGACAACGAGCUCAUGGACAUGAGGGGCAUUUUCUUGGCCUUUGGACCUGAUUUCAAAUCCAACUUCAGAGCUGCUCCCAUCAGAUCAGUGGAUGUCUACAACAUCAUGUGCAAUGUGGCAGGCAUCACCCCACUGCCCAACAAUGGGUCCUGGUCCCGAGUGAUGUGCAUGCUAAAGAACCAGGACAGCUCAGCGCCAUCUGUCCAACUGCACAGUUGGACACUGGUCUUGAUUCUCCUCUUCCUGUUUGCAUAACCAAUAUUAUUGCUUGUCCCAAGACACUGUCAGCAACUGUGCCUUCAAUGUGGAAUUUUUUUGAAAUUUUCUAUUUGAAUAAUACUUUCAUUAACAUAAUCAAGGCCAUGAAAAUUUAAAUAUAUUAUUCUUGGGUGAUUCUAUACCUAAAGUUCCUACUUCUU